AUGGCUUUGUUUUCACGUUAUCUGUGUCGCGCCUCAUCCGCGAUAUCUGGUAGAUCACAAUCAACGUUAUCUUCAAAAUUCACGUCAAACAAUACUAGCAACAUCUUCCAGCUUCCCGACAAGCGAAACUUGGGCUAUGCAUUUUAUGGCGAUCCUACAGGAAUUCCAGUAUUUUUCUUCCAUGGCUCACCUAGCUGCCGCCUCGAAGCAGGCGACUGGCACGCUGCGGCUAUUCAGAAAGGGGUUCGCAUGAUUGGCGUCGACCGUUGGGGUAUGGGGCUAUCAACUUUUCGACCCGAAGGGAAGAUUUCGGACUGGCCAGGCGAUGUCGCUGCUCUAGCAAACCAUCUGCGUCUUUCAAAAUUUCACGUCCUUGGGGGUUCUGGUGGUGGACCGUAUGCAUUGGCGUGUGCGGCUCUGCUCCCGAAAACGAUGUUAAAAGGUACUGGAGUCGUGGCUGGCGUCGCGCCCCCAGAGGCCGGAACGCAAGGAAUGUCAUGGGAUCGAUGGGUGGCUUUCAAGUUGAACAUCUGGCUACCUCACUCUGUGCUAAAGUGGAUGAUGAAUACGGCACUUGGGAAAACCGCGCGUGACGGCGACAUUGCCGCGUUCGAAAAGCAGAUGGAGAAAGUUAUUGGAACAUUUUCCGCCGAAGAGAGGGAUAUACUGAACCAUAAUCCUGGGUUCAAAAAAGACUUUGUCGCUUGUUUUCGCGAGGCAUUUCGUCCAGGGUGCGAUGGGGCUAUUUUAGAUGCGAAACUGGUACUUGCACCCUGGGGGUUCAACAUGACAGACGUACACGGGAAAGUGCGAAUAUGGAAUGGAACAGCAGACGUGAAUGUGCCUGUACAGUCAGCAAGAUGGAUGGCGCAGAGAUUGCCGGAUGCUACUCUGAAGGUUUACGAAGGCGAAUCGCAUUUUACAGUACCCCUUAAGCAUGAUGAAGAAAUUUUGGCAGAGCUGCUAGAGAUGGAGGCAUGGCUUUUGAGCACGUGA